AUGGCGAUACACAGCGGCUUGCUGACCCUGGUGGUCUCUAGCAUCUCACCUUCUCUUUCAGUUAUCUUGAUACCCAUUGUCGUUCUUCUACUUGUUCUCCUGCGGCCAAAAGGGCCAGUGAUCGAAGGCAUUCCGGGCUCCUUCGCCGGUAAACAUCUUGCAGGGAUUGACACAAAAUAUGGCUUCCUCUCCGGCAACAGCGCUCGUGGAUUCCAUUCCCUACACAAAUCGUACGGCGGUAUAGUGAAAUUCGCGCCGGGGCAGGUGACCACCAACACGGUUAAGGCAUUCCGGAACAUAUACGGCUCUGGGUCCUUUUUAAAGACCGGUUUCUACAAAGGAAUCUCACGAAGAAACCUCUUUACCGCCACAGAACCGUCAUAUCAUGCCCCCGUCCGAAAGCUCUUUAGCCCCUCUUUCAGCCCGGGCUCCCUGAAAUCCCACGAGGGUGUUAUCAGAGACUGCAUUCUCAAACUUCAUGGCGUCUAUAAACAGAAAAUCAAGACAGGCGGCAAAACACUGUCCUUGAACAAUCUCUUAUACUGUCAUUCUGUGGACACUGUGGCCGAGGUACUUUUGGGCAAAUCCUUGGGGUGUCUAGACAGAGGCCGUCCAUACUUUUGGACAGAACAGCUCCCCCGAAUCUUCUUCUGGGCAACUGUUAGAGACCAAUUUCAGGGUUCGGGCGUCCCAGCUUUGCUCAAAUGGAUGCUGCGACGCUUUCUUGCUAAGGGGGUGCGCCAGCGUACGGAAGAAGCAAGAAUGAGGCUCAUCAAUCAGCAGCUAAAGACGGUUCACACGCGGCGGGACAUCAUGGUGGAAGUGUUAGAGCGGGCGGAAUUAGGAAGUGACCUGCCCGAAUCGGAAAUCGCCGAAAACUUCUCAGCCAUCAUGUUGGCUGGAUUUCAUACGACACAGAAUGCUCUCUGUGCAACCAUCUACUUUGUUCUCACACAUCCCGGCGCACGUGACAAAUUGGUUGCUGAACUCCAGUCGGCGUUCUCAUCCUCGGCGGAUAUCUCCUGCGACGUGGCGCAGAAUCUGCCGUACCUCAAUGCAGUCAUCACCGAGUCUUUGAGACUCUACUCGCCUGUACCACUCGGCGGAGCACGUGUGUCUGACGGCAUGGUUGUAGAUGGGGUCUAUAUUCCUCCCGGUGUCGAAAUCUGCACUUCCCUUUACUCCAUGCAUCGCAACCCUGAAUACUUUGGCGAGCCUGACACCUUCUGCCCUGAGAGAUGGACUGAGCAGGCUUUCAAGGCCAAAAAGGACGCAGUUCAGCCGUUCCUAAUUGGCAGCCGGUCUUGCAUCGCCAAGUACUUUGCGCAACAAAUGAUGCAACUCACGCUAGCAGCCUUUUUCCUAGAUUUUGACUCCACCUAUGUGGGACGAGUCAAGAACUGGGAGCGUGAUAGCAAAUGCUAUGCCUUCUGGGAGCUGCCCGACCUGAAAGUGGAGCUGCAACCGCGCUGA